AUGGGCAUUCCAGAGAUAUUCGGCGGAACUCUUUGCGGUACUUGGCGGGACUCUGACUUUUUGCGGGAUGUUCGCGGCGUGGGCACUCCAGGAUACUCGGCGGGACCUCUUUGGAUGGCAUUCCAAGAAUACUCGGUGCAAAGUGCGGAUGUGGUGAGCUAUGACCGCUUUUGCCUGUAUACCUGCAAGCCCCUCUUGACAGAUGAGAUAAAGCCAGUUGUGGACUGCGCACAUCUGAACAGCGAUGAGAUAACGGAGUUGGCGCAGAGCCCAUCCUCCAAUGGAAGGGAGAUUGUGUACGAGGCGCAUCCCUUGACGCGAGUGCAGCCAAUCUCGCGGUUCGUCCAGCUGCCCGAGGUGGGGCGACUCAACAUCGCACUCAACAAAUAG